UCAAUGCGCCGGGUGGUGGUCUUAGUGCAUGGGUGGGCCAUUCCUGGGACCUCCUUCCACGGCAUCGAUAACCUUGCAACGACAGCAAAACUAAGCGAUCAGCAGCGAACGGAGUUAUUAAGACCAAUAUUAGCACAAGGAUGGAAAACGGUGGAAGGACGCGAUGCAAUAAGAAAAGAGUUUCAAUUCAAGGAUUUCAAUGAGGCGUUCGGCUUUAUGACUCAAGUGGCGCUAAAAGCUGAGAAGAUGGAUCAUCAUCCUGAAUGGUUCAAUGUUUACAAUAAGGUGGAUAUUACACUGAGCACUCAUGAUUGUAAUGGUUUAUCGCAGAAAGACAUCACACUCGCCAAAUUUAUCGACUCUGUGAAGAAGUGA